CUAUCAAACUAGACAGUUUGCUCCCAACCAUGUACCUAGUAGGAGUACUUGUUGUGACGCUUGUAUUAGCCGUGACCGCCGAACCCCCUCUAGGAACUGACCCUGGAGCUGGACAAGAUGUUCAUGGAGUUGGGCACGCAUCUGAAGACGCUUCAAAAACAACCACAGCGCUAGUGCCAGUCCAAAAUGAGCCACCAAUGAAGAUGAGCGAGUUCUGCUUCUUCGGCAAGUUCCCCUCAGCGACGUGUCGUUUCCGCUGCCACCUCAUGAGGAUGGAGGCGUUCUGCGAAGGAGCAGCGAAGCAGGUACAGUCGGGCGAGGGCAAGUGCAAGUGCCGACCGGAAACAAAACCUACGCCGACGGAAACGCCACAGGAAAUGUUCGAGAAACCGGAAACCCACAAAGAACAGGAAGAGGAGAAGAAACCAACUGCUACUCCCUCUUUCACUAUACACAUGGGAACAGCUCCACAAGAACCAGAAGAGGAACAGCAGAAACACCACGUUGUGUUUUAUAUCUUCGACGUCAACAAGAUUUUCGGACCUCAGUACAACCAGACCAAGCCGGAGAAGAUUCCAUCGGAGAUCCCUGGAGGAUGGGCCUUCCAGCAUUUCCUCGCUCUCCUCAUCAUCCUUCUCCUCUUCGUCCUCAUCGCCCUCGAGUUGUACGCCUGCUACAAGAAAUCCCGCGGGAAACUUGGAGACACAGACUCAAUCUUCAAGAACAUCCCAAUGCCAAACAAGGCUUAAUGCGUGUCAGGUAUGGGAUUGGCGUGUUUGACGUAGGGGCAUUUUUUGUUUAUAUAAUGUUCUCAAUGGGGGGCUUGUUAAGUAUCUAAUUGUAUCCUCUUGAUUCUGUCACAUUUACAAAAUAAAACUAUUAUCAUAAAUAAUAAUUCUUAAUGUUUAAGUAACUUUUGGAAAAUAUUAUUAAAUUUUUAAGGAAUCAUAGGAUGCAAAAUAACAAUGUGUUUAUUAUAUUUUAAUAAAAAGAAUUUUUAAACUAAAA